AUGAUUGAAUUCGAUCCCCACCACUUCCUGAACGUAAAACUAGGAGUACAUGUCACGCAGGCUGUCUUCAUCUUCGUUGCUUGGGCCAUUGAGAUCGCGGUGUUUAAGUCGAGUGCUACGGUUGAUGGGAGAGCUGGGUGGUAUUUCGGGCUUUGCUUCCUCACUAUCCCAGCCAUACUCUACGAAACUAUGUGCCCCCGCUUCCCACGCACUCGAAGAUUCGCAAACCCCUAUGCGCUAGCGAUCGUGGAUGGCAUCUUUAUGAUUAUGUGGCUGAGCGCCUUUGCUGCAGUGGCGAGUUGGAAUGGGACGGGCAAAUGCGGGAGUGGGUGUAAUUUGAGCAAGGCUGUUGUUGCUUUUGGAGUGCUUACUUGGCUGCUGUUUAUCCUUACAACUUUUCUAUCGCUCUACGCCCUCUUCUACUACAGACGAGAAGGCUACCUCCCGGGCACCAGCCGCGCGCCUAUGAAUGCGCAAAUGAUCGAUCCGGAUAAAGAGGCCUUCAGCACCACUCCACACGACGAAUACGCUCCGGUGCAUAACCAAGACGAUCAUGAGAUUCCCGACUAUUCCGGAAGUGAGAGGUACGAACAGUCUGCGUCCAGCUAUAUGCCACCCAGUGUCCAGGAAGAAGAUACGUCGUAUACGGGGUAUAGUGGCGCACUCCAGCUACAGCAGACGCAUAGCGAUAGAAUCCACUUUCCCCCAGCGCGGUAUGAGAAUAUAUGA